GUGCGCAGGUGUGUGAGCAGCAGGAGAUGAGCGGAGCGCCAAAACCCAAACUUUUUUACGCACCGUGCGGCCGCCUCACCUCCACCUGUCCAUCUCUCUGCAGAUAAACACACCUCUGCAGUGUUUGCUUUUCUUUACACCGGAUCACGAUGGAUUAACAUUUUGUUGGGGGGGGAGAGCCAUGCUCGCGUGCUCGGUUCAACCUGGGUCGCGUCGCCGAGUCCUCGCGGGGAACAGAUCCGACUUGGAUGCCCUCCAUUCCCGUUUCCGCAUUCCCGACGCCGCCGUGCGCACUGCAGGCGUGGAGCUCAGAUCCAUGAUGUGAACGGAAGAAAAAAACCGGUUCCUCCGGCUGAUCGAGCCUCUCUGCUGACUGUCGGUGCGUUAUGUUUCCAGCCGGAGGAGGACAGGGGAACCUCAGGGCUGAGCGGCUGGACACGUCAGGCGGUGAGAAGCCGUUUUUCAGCGGACCGAGAGAGUCUGAAGCGCGACGUAUUGAUCGGUGAGUGCGCCGCGCUCCUUCAUGUCCCGGGAUGGAGAGCUGCUGUCGCUCCUGUAUGCCGUGUCUAAGCCGGCUGUGGAACUGCAUUUGGCCGGACGUCCACUACCCAAACGUUCCCAACAACAACCAUGUGAUCGCGAACCCGGCGGCGCAGGCGGCGGAGAUCCGCACCGUGUCCGGGGACAUCCGCGUCCCGUCGCCCAAGAAGCGGCCGGUGCAGCUGUACGCCGCGCUCUUCGACUUCGAGGCCCGAAGCGACGACGAGCUGACGGUGAAGGAGGGGGACAAGCUGUCGGUGAUCGAGAAACGGGGGGAGUACGUGCUGGCCAAGAAGCUGACCGGAUCCCUGCAGUCCGGACUCAUCCCGGCCAACUACGUGGCUCUGCUGCAGGACGAGUUCGCCAAACACAAGUGGUACUAUGGGAACAUAAACAGAGUGAAAGCUGAGAAGCUGCUGCUGGCGUCCCAAAACAAAGAUGGCUCCUUCCUCGUUCGCAUCAGUGAGAGUCACAGUGACGAGUACACGAUCUCAGCUCGCAACGAGGCGAAGGUGUACCACUUCAGGAUCCAGCGCUCCACCAUCGGGGCGUACUUUGUGUCCGAUAAGGUCUCCUUCGCCACGCUGGGAGAGCUGAUCUCGUACUACCAGAAGAACCCGCGAAGCCUCGGGGUGCUGCUGGAGGAGCCGUGCGCCCAACAGAGGGAGCUCUUCGACAUGGAGCCGUGGGAGAGACCGAGAGAGGAGUUCAGACUGCACAAGAAGCUGGGAGAGGGGCACUUUGGAGAGGUGUGGGAGGCUCUGUGGACCACCGAGAACAGGAAAGUGGCCAUUAAGACGCUCAAACAAGAGGACACAAAGCAGGACGAGUUCGUGAAGGAGGUUCAGGCGUUGAAGAGCCUCCAUCACCCGAAGCUGAUCCAGCUGUUGGCCAUGUGCUCCAGAGGAGAGCCGGUCUACAUCGUGACCGAACUCAUGAGCAAAGGAAGCCUGAAGUCCUACCUCGCCUCUGCUGAAGGCCAGGUGCUGACCUCAGCUCAUCUGAUCUACAUGGGCAGUCAGGUCGCAGAGGGCAUGGCGUACCUGGAGGACAGAAACAUCGUCCACAGAGACCUGGCUGCCAGGAACAUCCUGGUGGGAGAGGACCUGGUCUGCAAGGUGGCCGACUUCGGAUGGCUCGGAUCAUCAAGGCAAGACAGUGUUUAUACGGCGAGUCGAAACACUAAGAUCCCGGUGAGGUGGACGGCUCCUGAAGCGGCGAUCUACCAGCGUUUUUCUGUCAAAUCAGACGUCUGGUCGUUCGGCGUCCUGCUCUAUGAAAUGAUGUCACGAGGAAAGAUGCCUUAUGAAGGAAAAAGCAACAAAGAAGUGCUGGAUCUUCUAUCAUCAGGGUUUCGACUCCCCUGUCCCACACGCUGUCCUCAGAACAUCUACCGGAUCAUGAUGGACUGCUGGGCGGCCGAGCCCUCCAAGAGGCCGUCCUUCCACGCCCUGCACAGCCAGCUGGACACCAUAUACGCCAGGAUUUAUUUUAAGACUAUAGAGGUGUAGGAAGAGGGGCCGUGUCCUCUGAAACUGUCAAUGAGAAACGGACUUCAAACGUGAAGACGAUGUUCUCGUCUUUUAUGCAAUCCUCGACAACCACAGGGUAUAUGAACUUCUAAUCACGGAGGUGUGAGAGGAUGAACUGCAGGAAGAACAGGAGGGAAGUGUUCAAACCUGAGAGGAAUCCAAGAAGGAGGAGGAAAUGAGGAAUAUGUGAUUUCAAACAAACAUGGGCACACAAAUGGAGUCCGCCUGAGAAAGGUGUGUACAUACACUCCUACCUAAAAACACUUCAAACCCUUUGGCACAUUCACAGAACCAACUCUUUUUAAUUUUGUACCCUUUUUUGUGUUUUAUAAAUACUAUUUUAUUACUCCUGUAUGUGCCAUGUCUGUGGAUGCACACUUUGUAAUGUUAUGAAAAUCUCAGUCGGGACUUAAAUUAAUCACCCGUCGUCUGACUGCAGAGCCUGUGCUAAAAACUUUUGAGGUAUUGUGCAAUCAUUUGACGCUUGCUGGGGUUUUUGUUUUAGCCACGCUAGCGGCCCCGGAGCUUCAGGUGUGGAUCGCUCCAUUCGUCCAACACGUCGGUAUUAAUCUUAUUAUUAAUUGUAAAGAUGUUUUUGGUGAUGUCAUGACUUUUUAUAGAGCACAAACAUGAAGUCAGAAUGUC